GCAGCAGCCACCGUUUGCAGGGCGGCUGCUGUGAAGAAGAAGGGUGUGAAGGUGGUCCACGGCAAAGAGAUCCCUUGGAACCUUUUCACGCCCAAAGCGCCCUACAAGGCCAAGGUCGUUCCGAACCAGAAGCAUCCGCAGACGUUGACGGAGGACACCGGCGACGCCAACUGGGAGACGACACAUGUCACCUUCGACCAUGGUGGUAACGUCCCCUACAUCGAGGGCCAGUCCAUCGGUGUGAUUGCUCCAGGACCCGACAAGAAGGGUGAGACCCCGGCCAGGAUCCGCCUCUACUCCAUCGCCUCCUCCGCGGUCGGCGACGACGAGACCUCUAAAACAGUGUCCCUGUGUGUGAAGCGUGUGGUGGAGGUUGAUGGGCAGCAUGCCAACCGCGAGGUCGGAGAGGACAAGCCGGACAAAGCCGGCACCGCCUUCCCGAAGAACAAGGUCUACCGUGGCGUUUGCUCCAACCACAUUUGCGACUUGAGCGUGGGGGACGAUGUGAUGAUCACGGGCCCGACCGGUGCGGAGAUGCUGCUGCCAGAGGAUCCAGAGGCCAAUAUCGUCAUGCUGGCGACAGGAACCGGCAUCGCGCCCAUGCGUGCGUACUGCCGCCUGCUCUUCAACGACAAGGUGGGCGGGGAGGGCGACUCCCGCAAGUUCAAAGGUCUGGCGUGGCUCUUCAUGGGUGUGCCUUACAGCAAGUCGUUGCUGUAUGACGAUGAGCACCAGGAGUACGUUUCCAAGUACCCCGACCAGUUCCGCUACGACUACGCCGUAAGCCGUGAGCAGAAGAACGACGCUGGGCAGAAGAUGUACAUCCAGACCAAGAUGGCCGAGUAUGCUGAGGAGCUUUGGGAGCUGAUGCAGAGCCCGAAGACCCACAUCUACAUGUGCGGCCUCAAAGGCAUGGAGUCCGGCAUGGCGGAGUGCUUCUCCCCGAUCGCGGAGAAGAAUGGCAAGGACUGGGCCGAGUUUGCCAAGGCGAUGAAGAAAGCGGACCGCUACCAUGUGGAGGUUUACUAG